AUGAAUCAGACGUCCUCAGAUCCUAGCAAGAGCCCUGCCGCUGACGCGGCUGUCACCAUCGCUUCGCCCGGCCAGGCCAGCCCCUCUGGCGCAUGCGACAAGGAGCACGCGCCAGCGGCACCCUCGGCACCCUCGGCCCCUGCUGACGCCAGCCCCCUUGCCUUGACCACUGCGCAGCUCCAGCAGGGUGACGCGGAAGGAGCGCUCGCCAACGUCACUCAAAUCGAAACGCUCAUUAACAAGCGCUUCGAGGUGCUCUUGGUGGCGGACGAGGCGGGUUUUGAAGCGGCCGACCGCUUCCAGCUCUAUCAAUCGAAGAGCGUGCUCACCUCCCGCUCCUACAAGCUAGCCGUGGCAGACGUGGCAGCAUCGAAGCGCGCCCGCAUGAGCUAUACUCGCACCGUGCGGGGUAACGGCCUCGACAACGGGGAAAUCGGCAACAAGGGUGCCGGACAAGGCUCAUGCCAAAACAGGGCCUUCAAGGGCACCUGCUUUCGCUGUGGCCAGCUCGGGCACAUGGCAAACGCCUGCCCCAUGGGGGGGCGCGGCGGACAAGGCCCCACACCCGUGGUGUGA